AUGAAAAUGCAUUUUAGUUUUGGAUUUGAAGCCCAGAAAAUAGUAGCAUCAGUAUUUGGAAUGCAAAACUAACCCUCAUCUUCUCUACUGUCGUGUCCUCUCUCUCUCUCUCUUUCUCUUUCUCUCUCUCUCUCUCUCUCUCUGCUUCUUCCAAGGUGGUUCUUGGAUUGAUUUCGGCGGUUAAUUUGUUGAGGAUUAAUUUUGGGCGAAAUCGAUUGAUUUAUUGCGGGGAUUACAGCAACUUUUGAUCAAUAAAGGUUGCCCUUUAGGCAUAUGUAUGGGCUGAUUUGUGCUUUUCAUGGGAGGUGUAGAGGAUGGCCAACCACCCUCAAAGCGGCUGAGAUUAUCUUCUGCAGCAUCAAGCAGUCUUUCAAGUGACUUAAGAGCUGAAGAACCCAUAGUUGCUGGCUCUUUGAGGGAUUUGAUGGCCCGACCUAUAGAAUGCCAAGGGGAAGAGGAGGUGAUUGGUUCAAGAGGGGUGAUAAAAAAGCUAGAAUUUGUUCGACUUAUAGCUGGUGCUUUAUAUGCUCUUGGUUAUGAACGUACUGGUGUGUCCCUUGAGGAAGAAUCCGGUAUACCGUUGCACUCUGCUGCAGUGAACUUACUUAUGCAACAUGUUCUUGAUGGGAGGUGGGAUGAAAGUGCCUCGGUUUUACAAAGCAUUGGUUUAGAGGACGAAACUGCCAUUAAAUCAGCCAAGUUUUUGAUCUUGGAGCAGAAGUUUUUAGAGCUUUUAGCUGAUGGAAAGACAAUGGAUGCGUUAAAGACACUGAGGACUGAAAUUUCACCUCUACGUAUCAAGACAAGUAGAUUACAUGAGCUUUCUUCUUGUAUUCUUUAUCACCCACCGAGUGAGAAUGGAUUUGCUCACAAAGACUUGCCGAAAGCAAAAUUGCGUCCUGAAGUUCUUCACGAAUUGCAAAAGUUGCUUCCUCCAUCAUUAAUGGUACCUGCUAGAAGGCUGGAACAUCUAGUAGAACAGGCCUUGAAUUUGCAGCGUGGGACUUGCAUAUAUCACAACUCUUCCGACUGGGAGAUGUCAUUGUAUGCUGACCAUCACUGUGGAAGAGACAAUAUUCCAAGUCGUACUUUGCAGAUUUUAGAAGGGCACCAAGACGAAGUGUGGUUCUUGCAAUUUUCUCAUAAAGGAAAAUAUUUAGCAUCAGCAUCAAAUGAUCGUUCAGCUAUAAUAUGGGAGGUCAGCUUGAAUGGUGAAGUUUCUCUUAAGCAUCGAUUAUGUGGCCACCAAAGAGCAGUUUCUCAAGUUUUGUGGAGCCCAGAUGAUCAGCAGAUACUCACCUGUGGGGCAGAGGAGAUGGUACGACGGUGGGAUGUUUUAUCUGGUGAAUGUCUUCAAGUUUAUGAGAAGGCUGGUAUUCCUGCUGUCUCCUGUGCAUGGUCUCCCGAUGGGGAGUUUGUUUUUGCUGGCUUUUCGGAUAAAAGCAUAGGCAUGUGGGAUCUGAAUGGGAAAGAGCUAGAGUGUUGGAAGGGACAACGGACACUUAAAAUUUCGGACCUGGAAAUAACUCGUGACGGAAAACAUAUCAUAAGCAUAUGCAGAGAAGCGGCAAUUCUACUCCUGGACAGAGAGACUAAAUUAGAAAAGUUUAUUGAGGAGGACCAAGCAAUAACUUCAUUCUCCCUCUCAAAUGAUGGGAAGUUUCUAUUGGUUGAUCUUCUUAACCAAGAAAUCCAUCUCUGGAAUAUAGAUGGUGAUGUGAAGCUCGUAGCCAGGUACAAAGGCCAUAAACGGUCCAGGUUUGUUGUAAGGUCUUGCUUUGGUGGGCUAGAGCAGUCUUUCAUAGCCAGUGGGAGUGAGGAUUCGCAGGUUUUUAUUUGGCAUCGGAGCUCAGGAAAACUUGUAGAAACAUUACCAGGUCACUCAGGAGUUAUCAACUGUGUGAGCUGGAAUCCGGUGGACCAUCACAUGUUAGCAACAGCCAGUGAUGAUCGUACUAUACGGAUAUGGGGCUUGAAUGGAGCAAAUAUGAAGCGUAGGGUUUAUCAGAGCAAUGGCACCCAUCAAUGCAAUGGAAAAUUAUGAAAGUUUCCCCACAGAGCCACUGAAAAAAUGAGGAACUCCGCAUCUUUGUUUGCCUAUUUGGAUGUAUAAGAGAACUAGGAACUGUGUUUCUUGUCACUCGGAAUGUUCGCGAUUUCUGUUGUCGCCUAUUUGGAUGUAUAAGAAAACUAGGAACUGUGUUUCUUGUUAAUCGGAAUGUUCACGAUUUCUGUUGUCGCGUUGGAGGUGAUUGCAUGAGACGAUAAUGAUGAUGUAAUUGAUGUUGAACUUGAACUUCUAAGAAUAGUCAUUAUAGCUGUAAUUUCUUGGUUUUUACCGAAUUCAAGUUGGUUUAAAACAAAAAUAACGAAGUAUACGAUCCAGUUUCGGGUCAAUUCAAGUUUCAUAGAAAUUAUUAUGAUA